AUGACUGUUCCAAGACUGGAGUUAAAAGCAAUGGUUUUAUUGUGUUCUCUGUUGUUGACUGUUAAAAGUGAAUUUAAAAAUUUAAAUAUAAACAAAAUUUGUUGGACUGAUUCUACCAUAUGUCUCCACUGGUUAAACAAUUCUAAUCAAAAGUAUGAAGCAUUCACAGAAAAUCGUUUAGUAAAAUUUCGUACUUUAUUCCCAAUCGAGUUUUGGAAAUAUGUAGAGUCUACACGAAAUCCUGCAGACAUUAUUUCUCGUGGAAGUUCGUUUAAAUUUAUUUUGAAUAACAGUCUUUGGUUUAAAGGUCCUGAUUAUCUUAAUGACAUUUUAAUCCCAUGGCCUAUUUAUAAUUUAUUAGAACCUAAUGUUGGUGAAGGUAACAUAUGCUUGUUAGCUACUGUCAAACCCUUGAACAUUAAUUUGGAAUUUAUUAAUAUUGACAGAUUUAGUAGUUAUGAACAAUUAAAUAGAAUUACUGCUUGGGUUUUAAGAUUCGUAAAUUGCUUAAAAAUUCGUAUUCAAAAGACUUGUGUCGUCAUAAAGCCUACUUUAUCAGCUGACGAAAUUGAAAGAGCAAAGACAAUCUGGGUGCAAAAUGAACAACGUGACAUCAUGACAAACAAAAACUUUAAACAAUUAAAAAACAACCUUGGACUUCGAGUUGUUGAUGUAAUUAUUCGAUGUCACGGUAGAAUGGACAAUACUUUAAUUCCAAGAGAUGCUAAAUUUCCUAUUUUUAUUCCACACAGUAGUCGUUUGUCAAAGUUGUUGAUUGUAUAUUUUCACAAAUUAGUGAAGCAUAAUGGCUUAAAAGAAACUCUUUCCGAGCUAAGAACUAAGUUUUGGAUUACUCAAUGUAGACGGUUGGUUCGUAACAUCAUUUUAAAGUGUUAUGUUUGUCAAUAUUUUGAGGGACUACCUUACAAGUACCCUCCAUCUCCUCCUCUCCCUCUUAGUCGUUUAUGUGAUGAUUAUCCAUUUAAGUAUACUGCAGUAGAUUAUGCUGGUCCUGUAUUUAUUAAAAACAUUUAUGGAGACAGUGACAUUAUGUACAAAGGAUGGAUUUUUCUGUUUACCUGUGCUAGCACUCGCUCUAUUUGUUUGGAUUUGGUAUCUGAUGUAUCGUCUUCUGUAUGUAUUCGUGGAUUAAGACGUUUUUUCGCUAGAAGAGGUGUCCCUAGCAAAAUUAUAUCAACCAAUGGUACCCAGUUUGUUGCUGAACAAACACAGCUAUUUGCAAGUAAUAAAUCAAUUGAAUGGCAAUUAAAUGUACCAUCUGCCCCGUGGUGGGGUGGGUUCUUUGAGAGGAUGAUAAAAAUGGUCAAACGAUGCCUCAAAAAAGUUGUUAGAAAAGCUCGUUUAAGCUUCGAACAAAUGUUAACCUUAUUGCAAGAAAUUGAAACUGUUUUAAAUAACCGACCACUUACGUUUGUAUAUAAUGAACCUUGUAUAGAAGCCUUAACACCUAAUUAUCUUGUAUUUGGACGAAAGUUAAACUUGAAUGGAGUUGUUAGUGAUGAUACUAUUGAGCUAGAUAUAAACAAACGACACGAUCACUUAAGAUAUGUUCUUGAUCAUUUUAUUAUGCGAUGGAAAAAGGAAUAUCUUACAGAGUUAAGGGAAUUUCAUAAAUAUCGACGUAAUAUUGGUUGUUUGGAAAUAAAUGUUGGUGACGCUGACCUGAUAGAAGAAGAUAAGAGAUCUCGAUUACUUUGGAAGACCGCAAAGGUUGAAGAGAUCUUGAAAUCAAGCGACGAUCAACGAGCAGCAACUGUUAAAUAUUUAGAUGAAAAUGGAUCACUCAGAAGAGUUAAGAGACCUAUAAAUACACUUAUUCCACUAGAAUAUAAAAAUAUAAAUAAAGGCGUUACGGAUCCACGUACACUUAAUAUAACCCCAUCUUUUACCAAUCAAUCAAAUUAG